AUGGUGGGCACUAUGAUCGAGAACUCGAGCAGUAGUACCGCCAGUAGCAGCAGCACCAGCAGUGGUUGUGCCGGCGCGGCGCCCCGCUCGGCCGCCUGCCUCAAGCGCGCCGGACCCUUUGCCGUUCCCGAAGCCGUAGCGUGGCUGGACCAUGUGACUCUGGAGCUUAAUACAGACACCACAGGCGGCAAGACGCAAUAUCAACUCACUAUGAAGUACACGCCCAACCAGCAGAAGCUCGAAUCUUGCGCCUCAUGGACCGUCAGUCGCAGCUUCGAUGAGUACAGGGCCUUCCAGAAGCGCUUGCUUAAGCGCAUGCAGCACGGCCACUCGUGUGGCGCCGAGUGCAAGUGGCUAUACAAAGUGGUCAAGCACUAUUUCCCACAGAAGUCGCUCUUCUGCAACAAUUGCCCAAAAGUGGUGGCGGCUCGGCAACAGACUCUUAUCCGCUGUCUAACCACAGUGCAAGCCUCACUUGUGAACCGUGGCAACCACAGCUGCCGCGUGCUUGUACAUGACAUGGCGGCCGAGUUCAAUCGCUUCGUGGCUAAAGGCAUGAAGGAUAUGGAGGCGAACGCCAUCACGGACGACUCGGCGUCGUCGGAACUCAGUGCCAUCACACGCGACUCACUAGAUUCGCUCGACUCGGAGAGCGAGGAUGACAGUGACUCAGAGGAUGAAGAGGAAGAGGAGGAGAGCGACUGUGACGCCUGCCACAGUCGACACGUCGUAUGCCGCACGCACAGCAACCUCAAGGCAUGA